GGUGGCGGUAAUGCACCAAUAAGCUGGAUGCCAACCGCCGUAAAACAAAAAGAAGAAGAGAAGAAGCCGUGAAGGAGCGGGCUGGUGCUGAAGCAGUUUGAGCAGCAGUCUACUUUUCUUGUAUUAUUUAGCUAGCAAGCAGAAGGCGAGCUAGCUAGCUAGCUAAAUAAGGAGCAACUGAACACUGAACAUGCCGCGGGAAAUCAUAACGCUUCAGCUUGGACAAUGUGGAAAUCAAAUCGGGUUUGAAUUUUGGAAGCAGCUGUGUGCAGAGCAUGGCAUCAGCCCAGAGGGGAUUGUUGAGGAGUUUGCAACUGAAGGGACCGACAGAAAGGAUGUGUUCUUCUAUCAGGCUGACGAUGAGCACUACAUCCCCCGCGCAGUUCUCCUGGAUCUGGAGCCGAGGGUGAUCCACUCCAUCCUCAACUCUCCUUAUGCAAACCUGUACAAUCCAGAGAACAUCUACCUCUCCGAGCAUGGUGGAGGUGCUGGGAACAACUGGGCUAGUGGAUAUUCACAGGGCAAAAAAAUCCAGGAAGACAUCUUUGACAUCAUUGACCGGGAGGCAGAUGGCAGUGACAGUCUGGAGGGAUUUGUCCUGUGUCAUUCCAUUGCUGGGGGGACUGGCUCGGGACUGGGAUCCUACCUACUGGAGAAACUCAAUGACAGGUACCCAAAGAAGCUGGUGCAGACUUACUCUGUUUUCCCAAAUCAGGAUGAGAUGAGUGACGUGGUUGUUCAGCCGUACAACUCGCUGCUCACACUGAAGAGGCUCACCCAGAACGCAGACUGCGUGGUGGUGUUGGAUAACACAGCUCUAAAUCGCAUCGCCACAGACAGGCUGCAUAUCCAGAACCCCUCAUUCUCCCAGAUCAAUCAGCUGGUUUCCACCAUCAUGUCUGCAAGCACGACCACUCUGCGCUACCCUGGCUACAUGAACAACGAUCUUAUUGGCCUGAUUGCAUCCCUCAUCCCCACGCCCCGCCUCCACUUCCUUAUGACAGGGUACACACCACUUACUACUGACCAGUCGGUUGCUAGUGUGAGGAAAACCACAGUGCUGGAUGUGAUGAGGAGGCUUCUGCAACCCAAGAAUGUGAUGGUGUCCACAGGAAGAGAGAGGCAGCCGAGCCACUGCUACAUCGCCAUCCUUAACAUCAUCCAGGGAGAGGUCGACCCCACACAGGUGCAUAAAAGCCUCCAAAGGAUCCGGGAACGUAAACUCGCCAGCUUUAUUCCCUGGGGUCCCGCCAGCAUCCAGGUGGCUUUGUCCAGGAAGUCCCCAUACCUGCCCUCAGCCCAUCGAGUCAGCGGCCUGAUGAUGGCCAACCACACAAGUAUCUCUUCUCUGUUCGAGCGGACGUGCCGGCAGUACGACAAACUGCGUAAGCGAGAAGCCUUCCUGGAGCAGUUCCGCAAAGAGGACAUAUUUAAGGACAACUUUGAUGAGCUGGACAACUCUCGCGAAGUGGUCCAGCAGCUGGUAGAUGAGUACAGUGCAGCCACACGGCCUGACUACAUUUCCUGGGGAACGCAAGAACAGUAACAGACUUUUUGCAACCCAUACAUGCUUAGUUAGUUUAUACUAAUUCAAUUUAUGUCCCUUUUUAACUUUAAAAAAUAUUUUCUCCUCUAUAUAUAUAUAUAUUUUUUUUUUUUUUUGUAUUUGGCUAUAGCUGCUUCUCUGGGAAAAAAAAAAAAUUAUUGGCUUGUUAUAGCAUGUAGUAGUACAGAGUUUCAAAAUUGACAAGAGACUGAGGGAUGAGUGUUAAAACCCACUGUUAUGUUUCCCAAGAAGUAAAAUGAUUUUUUCUUGACUGUAUCACAUGCUGGAGAUUCUCAAACCCAGUUUAAAUAAAAACAAUCCUUACCUAAUAGUCCAGUGAAGUGAAAGUAAGAGUACAAAUUUUUGCAGAAAGUAUCAAUGUCUUGUACAAAACAAUCUUUAAAUGUUUAAUAGUUGUUUUUUCCUUUCUUCUAAACUCUGCUUUCCCCCCUUGUAGCCUGUUUUUUUCAGCAAUGUAAGACAACCUGUUGCCUUGUUUUGGUCUAUUUUUAUAAGGUUUACAGUACUUACAUUUUUGCGCAGUUCAUUUACAGUAAGACGUCCACCGCCUACAAAAUGAUUGACUUGAGUUAUGGGAGUAGGAUUGACAGAAUGUAUUGCAUGAUGAUUAAUGCAGAUUCUUGCAUCCCAGACAUUUCUGACAUGGUGGUUUUUACUGUCUGCUGCUGAUACAUUACUCAUUUGUUACCGCUGUACAUGACCAAAAAGAAUGUCAAGUCGAAGUUGGGCUUGAUCCAAAAAUUAUGUUAAAAUAUCUGCCAUAUAAAUUGCAGCAUUUGUCAGCUACAUUAGAGAAAUUAACAGUUUGCACAGAUGAACAUGGUGUACAAGGGUGGAUCUCAUUUUAACAUCUCUAUGCCUGUAAAUAUACUUCGCUGGUUUACUGGCAUUCUCUGUGUUGUCUAAAAUGAAUAUACUGUUUCAUGUUGCUUUGCUUGUUGGACCUGUUUAAAAAUGAUAAACACACUUUCUAUUA